AUGGCACGCCGUUAUGAUAGUCGUACUACUAUCUUCUCCCCUGAAGGACGUUUGUACCAGGUUGAAUAUGCUAUGGAAGCUAUCAGCCAUGCUGGUACAUGUCUAGGAAUCCUUGCUGAAGAUGGAAUCUUAGUAGCAGCUGAGAAGAGAAACGUCCACAAACUCUUGGAUGACUCUGUUUUGGCUGAAAAGAUCUACCGUUUAUCGGAGAAUAUCACUUGCACUGUUGCUGGAAUCACUGCUGAUGCUAACAUUCUUAUUAACCAUUUGAGAUGGUGGGCUGCUAAGUAUAAGUUGGACUACGGCGAUGAGAUGCCUGUUGAACAACUUGUUCAGACUCUUUGUAAUGAAAAGCAGAGAUAUACACAGAUUGGAGGAAAACGUCCGUUCGGAGUUUCACUUCUGUACAUGGGAUGGGAUAAGCAUCUCGGAUUCCAACUCUAUCAAUCCGAUCCUUCUGGAAACUACACUGGAUGGAAAGCAACUUGCAUCGGAAACAACCAUCAGGCUGCCGUUACCUUGUUGAAGCAAGAGUACCGUCAACCUACUCUUGAACAAGCUAAGCAAUUGGCCGUUAAAGUUUUGUGGAAGACUCUCGAUGUGAAGCUAGCUCCAGAAAAAAUUGAAAUGUCCGUCCUCACUCGCCGUGACGGAAAGACUGUCGUUGAAGAAAUCUCUCAUGAGGAACUCGAACGCUUAAUCAAAGUUCAAGCUGAUAAAGAAUUAGAAGCUGAACAAGGCGAAUCUAAGUAA